UCCACUAGCCAAUUGUUAUGAGCCACUGUCCAUCUGAACUGUUCCUAGCCCUAUAAAAGGGGACCAUCAGGGAGCAGAAAGUCACCUAGCUUUUUCCUGAGUAUUCACUGCAGGAGUAACUCGAGCUCAUCCUCGACAUAAUCACCAUGUCUCUGACCAAGUCUGACAAAGCUUCGAUUGCCAACAUUUGGUCCAAGAUCGCCCCCCAGGCUGAGGCCCUUGGCACAGAGACCUUGGAGAGGCUUUUCCUCACCUUCCCCCAGACCAAGACUUAUUUCCCCCACUUUGACCUGAGCCCUGGCUCAGACCAGCUGAAAGCCCAUGGCUCCAAGGUGAUGGGUGCUAUUGGAGAUGCUGUCAAGCAUAUUGACAACGUUGGGAGUGCCCUGUCCAAGCUCAGUGAACUCCAUGCCUACAUCCUUAGAGUGGACCCUGUGAACUUCAAGUUCCUGAAUCACUGUAUGCUGGUUACUCUUGCUGUGCACUUCCCUAAUGACUUAACUGCUGAAACCCAUGCUGCCUGGGAUAAGUUCCUGGCCCUUGUGACCGCAGUUCUGACAGAGAAGUACAGAUGAGCCCUUUGGACCUCAAGCCCUGGAAAGGCAAAUGGAGUCUUGCUGCCAUUGAACUCUAGAGCUUCAUCCCACUCUGUUGCCCUUUUAUACUCUUCCCCUUUCCCCAAUAUACUGUUUUGUCCUUCAUGACAAAUAAACAAAUGAAGCCUGA